UUUACUCUUAGUCCCUGUAGUUCGAUAUUACAUUGGCCUACAUUGUAUUAGGUUGCUUCGUCUAGCUGCUGUGUAUGUUCUCUGAUAAAGACGAAGAGAGUGGAUAGUUGAUGUUCCCAUUUUUAUACUAGUUGACUGUUCAAUGUGGAUAUUUUGCCUUUCUAAAUAACUCGAAAUCUCUCUGAGCUUAUUCUCAUUAAUAUACGAUCACAUGAUGGCUGACCCCGAAUGGCCAGAAGUAUACAAGGGUUCGAUAUAUGAAAGGUUGAAGGAUCCAUUCGUCUUUAAAGGAGUUAUCAUGCCCGCAUUUGAGAACAAAGAAGCAUUAGAAGAGAUGGAGGACUGGAAGAUGCGUCCCGAUGACAUAUUGGCCAUUGGAUGGCCAAGGACAGGUUCCUAUAUGUGCAAGCAUCUUCUAUGGAACAUCAUGACCAAUGGCAAUAUACCAGAAGGUGAAGACAUAGGGGACCACGUGCGUUAUAUAAAUACGUCACCUGAUGUGAUCCAUGCGGACAAAUCAGGUAUUGCUCCUACAGACCAAGGCUCCAAUCCGCUAACACACAUUGAUGCAAUGGACAAAAGCAAACCAAGAAUGCUAUGUGGCCAUCUUCCAUACCAAUACAUGCCAAAAGAUGUCAAAGAGGGAAAAGUCAAAGUGAUUCUGCAACUCAGGAACUUCAAGGACGCAACGUUGAGCCAUCAUCUUGUAUGGAAAGGGUCUGAGGUGUGGAAUAGUACUGACUAUACGCUCGGAGAAUGGUUAAGUGACCAAUUAAAAGGAGGAGUCCCUUAUGGUGACUGGAUCGACCACACAGUGGGAUGGUUGAAACACAAAGAAGAACUAAAUAUUCUUAUUCUGCAAUAUGAAGACAUGAUAGAAGACAUGGUUGGUACUGUGCAGAAAAUGGCAAAGUUUGUUGGAAAGGAACUUUGUCCAGAGACUGUCUCAAAAAUAGCACAGGAAUGCACAUUUAAAGCAAUGAAGAAAAAGCCGGAUACUUUUGAAAAGUUGGAUAUUGUUAGUACGCCUUAUUUAAGAAAAGGUAUAGUUGGAGACUGGAAAAAUCACUUUACCGUCGCCCAGAGUGAAGAAAUAGAUGACGCACUGAAGGAAAGGAUGCAAGGAAUCGGCGACAUUACAUUCAAAUAUGAAUAGACAAUAGACAUAACAUACACUUACCUACAAGUACCGAUAAGAUACAUAGAGUCGCAUUAUGUAGUCGAUAAACUGAUAAAAGCGUACACUUAUGUUAUAUCUAAUGAUAUAUACAGGGUGGGCCCAAAACGCCAUUUUUUCAAAAGAUUGCAACUUCCUUAUUGCUCACUCUCCAUUAGAUUUACUUCACUUAAACAGGCAAUGCGCUUAUUUUAGAAGGGAAAAGGACAAGAUAUUAUUUGAGACAUGUCACUCACACAGUCAAUCAAAUAUGAUCAAAA